GCAGAUAGUGAUAAAAAUAAUCUCCAAAUGAUGGGAAAUCCUUAGAAAAUUUCUUAAUUACACGUUUGCUAAACGUUUAAUCUUAUUGUAAACUUAAGAUAGAUAAUUAGUCAGUUAUGUGAGGUCAUAAUUCAUCCCGAACUCUUGUAAAAAUGCCGCACCUCGUAGUUUUAAAACCAUAUCAAUAUGAAGAGCAGGUACAACAAGAAAGUAUAUGGGUGUAAGAACGUAUUCAACUUUAGGAUGUCGUUACGAGAUUGGAGACAAGCUUUGAAUUCAUCGCCGACAUAUCGUAUGUCCAAUGGAACGUUACGAUUUCAAGUCAAAUUCGUUACCUUUAUCACCAUCUUGGGAUUAUUCGUCCUGUUCUACGCCUACAGCGAAUACAACGGAAACAUGACGUAUUUAAAAGAAUACCAACAACGUAAAUCUUCGGAUUAUAAUUACACUUACCCACUGACCCAUCCUAAAAUAGUAGUCAACGGUCUAGAGUACCGAAUUGGAAUAGUUACCGAUUUGGAUACUCGUUCUAAAGUCGAGAAAAAUCAAUACUCGUGGAUUAGUUAUUACCUCAAAGGUAAUCUAAUAUGGGAUUCGGAUCGUAAAACGGUAUCAGUUUAUUGGGAUAAGAAUCCUACUACGCUCCAGUCUUCGUACGGUGCUGGUGGCCGAGGAAUGGAGUUAUCAGAAUUGGUUGUUUUUGAUGGGAAAUUGCUGACGUUCGAUGAUAGAACCGGUAUCGUUUACCAAGUCAUAGACGAUGGUGUUAUACCUUGGGUUAUACUGAUGGAUGGAAAUGGAAAAUCUGCCAAAGGUUUCAAGUCCGAAUGGGCUACGGUGAAGAAUAAUAAACUACAUGUCGGCAGCAUGGGUAAAGAAUGGACUACUCCGAAAGGUGAUUACGUUAACCAUAAUCCAAUGUGGAUUAAAACGAUUACUUCCGAUGGCCAAGUCAAACAUAUUGAUUGGAAUAAUAACUAUAGAAAAUUAAGACAAACCGUCGAUAUUGAUUUCCCAGGUUACAUGAUCCACGAAUCCGGUGUCUGGAGUGAUAUUCAUAAGAAAUGGUUCUUUUUACCUCGUCGAAGUUCCCAAUCACCGUACGAAGAGACAGCUGACGAAUACAAAGGGACCAAUAUUCUACUAAUAGCUGAUGAAAAUUUCGAUAGAAUAAGUGUUAAAAAUAUCGGCAUCUUGAAUCCUACGAGAGGAUUCUCAACGUUCAAAUUCCUUCCAGUUACCAACGAUUAUGUUAUAGCUGCUUUAAAAUCUGAAGAAUAUAAUGGUACGUGUGCCACGUACAUUACGGUGUUUACCAUUGACGGUGAAAUACUUCUACCGGAUAAGAAAAUAGCUGAUUUGAAAUACGAGGGACUGGAGUUCGUCUAAUUCAUCUAGUAUUUUCACCGGAUACGUACCUUUUGAGACCGUCAUCUCGAUACCGUUCUUCCGUCCAAUACCUUUAUCGUCGUACUGUUCGCAGUGCUGAUUACAUCUUGAAAAUAUUAUUUACGAAACGUGAAACGUUUUUGGUCGAAUUUCACUUCAUAUUUCAUCGGUUGAACCUAAUAAUAUUGUGAAAGUUGAAGAAACGUACUUAUGUUGGUCCUUGAAGGAUUUAGGGUUAUGCUCGAUCGAUGCUGAGAUGUGUCUUUAUUUUUUUUUUACUGUUGAUGGUUGAAUUAUGAACGAAUGGACUAGGUAUGCAUUCUGUAGUGAUCUUUUCUCAAGAGAGGUACGAGUAUUUUAUUGCGUAAUGAAUGAUGCUUGAUUUUGAUAUUACCAAAGAGAAGGCUUUUGUGCAAGGAUUGAUUUUUCGCUUCAAAACCGCUUACGAAGAUGAAAAAUUGUUCGUAAACCCAGUGAUGAAAUUUGGAGAAAUUACCCCCAGAAUUUCAAAAAAUUGUUUUCAUCUGUUUGAAAUCUCCUAGAGAUUUUUUUUUGUUACAAAUAGCAAGAUUUAUGAUGAAUUGAUGAACGGAAAUGUUGGUAAGUUGAAUUGAAAAUGAAAGGAACAGGUGUGAAUUAUUGUUAUCAUUACCAACAAUCAUCGUGAUUAAUUUUUGUAAUUUAUUGCGUAUUUUUUAUACCUACGUGUUUCUAUCGAUUAUUUAUCUCCUUUUCGUUUAUAGCUAAUUGGUCUGAAAUUAUCCCUAAGUUUGUUAUUUUUUUGUUGUUUCGUGAAAAUAAAUUUGUUAACAUCUCA